AUGAAUUCCACCACAAACAUAAAAAAGACGAAAGGAGGAAAUACAGGGGUAAGUGGCAUAAAGGCUGCUAAGGGAGCAGACAAAGGCACGUCUGCCUCGACGAAAGGAGAGGUCCGAAGGGCCCCGCGAAAAAGAACGAGAGGGGGAACAGCGCAGGAUUCCCAGGAACCGGGAACGUCCUAUGUCGAGAAGAAAACAGUGGACAAGGGGGUGCUGGAAGGCUCGGACACGGAGGUAAACAUCACUGAGGUGUCAAGUGAGUCGGACAGCGAGGGGAGCUUUGUGCCAGCCAAGAUAAGGAAGAGGGGAAGACCUCCCACAACGGGUGUCCACCUCAUGGCGCAGAAGAGGCAAGAGCAUAGGAAGGAGAUCAGAAAGCUCCAAGAGGAGAAGAGAGCCCUUAUGGAGAUACUGGAUCCUAGGGUUCUCCCACGGUCACGCAUGCGGGAUACAACGCCCGAGAGGGAACUAAAUCGACAGUUUCUGGACAUGACCGCGGAAAGGAUUGCAUCAAAUAUGUAUGAGAGCAUCGACGUGGUGGAGAAGGUUGCUAGGCGAUCGUCACACUUAAAGGGUACGUUCGUGAAAGCGCUCGUAAAUUCAUCGAACACCCUUAGAGCAGCGGUGAUGGCCUUUGUGCGAAAGGCCACGGUCUCUCGGGAAGGGACCGCAACUCACGAAGAGGAAGAUGUGAGCAGAGGUCUCCGGGAGAAAGUGAGGGAACUCGAAAACCAACUGGCAGAGGCGGAAUGUAAGAAGGUCCAGGAGGAAGCCGAGAAAAACAAGUCCAGGCCCGGACAAAGCGACGAGGGGAUGGAGCUAGACGCGGAGGAGUUGGAAACUCCUCCCCCACUGGCCCCCGUGACCACCACCUUCAAGAAACCGGUGGUGGUGAUCAAAAGAAUGGAGCCCUUCAAAGGAGCGGUGAAGGUUCUCCGCCCCGAAGUACGGGGGCGAACAAAGGAAAUAGAGGAGGACCGAGAGGAGGCUAUGAGCGGUGCAAGGCGGGUGAUGGAGGGGAUCUCCAUCGAUACCAUCGCGAAGGAAGAAGACCCCACACUUAUGCGCGCAAAGCUGGAAGACAUAAUACUUCGCUGUCAGGGAGUGUUAUCCAGACUCCCGGUCAAGGAGGGCAAGGGCGAGGGGAAGGUGGCAGACCGCGCUGUCCCCCGACUAACCCCCCCUGACAAAGGGAGGGGGGGGUCGCGGGGUAGGGCGGAAAGAACCAAAGGAGCUUCGACGAAGCCAGAUAAUAAGGAGAUGCCGAAACAACAAAGAACGUCGAGGCAGAUGCAGGCAAAGGUUCCACAGAAGGAGGAACAACCAAAGGCGGUGAAGAAAGCAGACCCCCCGCAACGGAGAGAAACAUAUGCGGAAGCUGCCAAGAAGCCGGCGAGGAGGACACAACCUGAGGUGGGGAAAAGGGCACCCUCUCAAGGACCCAAAGGGCGUAAAGAAGGAAAGAACGCCCCCAGGAAAGGCGAAGCUGAGACCCAACCAGCGGCGGACAAGAGGAGUCCCAAACAAGCGAAACGACGGACUCCAAGAAGCGAGGCGGUGGCUAUCUCAUUCCCUGCGGGAGAAUUCGCGCAGGGAAUGAGAGAAAUUAGGUCCAAAAUUGACUUGGACAAAUUGGGGAUCGGCCCUCUGAAACAGAGGAAGGCCCUAACCGGGGCCCUAAUCCUCGAAGUGGCAGGGGAAAAGAAGACGGAGAAAGCAAACCUGCUAGCUGAACAAAUACGUAAAGCAGUAGGCAACAAGGAGGGAGUCCGGGUCAUGAGACCGUCCAAAAUGGGGGAAAUCCGCAUUAAAGAUUUAGACGAGUCGGUGACUCAGGAGGAGCUCCAAGAGGUAGUCGCGAAAGCUGGAGAAUGCGACAAGACGGAGGUCAAAGUGGGACAGCUAAAGACGGCCCCAGGGGGCAUGAUCACCGUCUGGGUGCAAUGCCCACUGGCUGUGGCCAAAAAAGUGGCCGAGAAGAGAAGAGUUAGGGUGGGAUGGGCGUCGGCAAGAGUCGAACUGCUUGACGCUCGCCCACUCGUAUGCUUCCGCUGCCUAGAGCGGGGGCAUGUAAGGCAGCAAUGCCGGAAUCCUGUAGACAGGAGCGGAACCUGCUACAGGUGCGGGCAGGAGGGGCACAAGGCCCAAGAGUGCACAGCUGUCCCGCAAUGCUCGGUAUGCGUAUCGAGAGGACUGCCAGCCAAACAUAAAGCUGGCGGAGCAGCCUGCCCCCCGCUAUCAAAAAAGGCCGAAAAGAAGGCAAGACAGGCGGGUAGGCAGAAAUCCGGAGGGGGAGAACACAAGGGGGUCAGGAAAGAAGUCAAAACAGCCGAGCAGGCUAUGGAGACGGAACCCCUGGCUGAGGUGCAACAGAGAGCCGGACCAGCGGCAAUCAUAGGUGGAGAAGGCCAGGAGGAGGCCGAAAGGGCGUCGCUUUCAACGUGUUGA